AUUCAGUGUCAUUUAACAUGAUGCAUAGUCUCAGAAUUUACAUUAAUCAUGCAGUGGUGUACUGGGGAUAAAGAUUGACCAGUGCAUUAUCUUACUACCUCCCCUAGCUCUACAACUAUGUCAUAUUAUUGGGAAAUGCGGCUGAUUUAAAUGGAGGAUCUAUGAAUUAAAAUCACCUGAAACAAAAUUGCUUUUUAAUGAAUUCCUUUGAUUUGAGAAGAUAUUUUCCUGAAAAUAAUAAAAAGUGAGGCAAAGAUGGUUUAAAUUUGUAAAUAACUGUGUCACAAAAAUUUUCGGAAUGGGAUAUAGUGUUAGUCAAAGCUUGAUUUCAAGUCAACCACCAUUAUUUGUAUUCACGAUUUGUCUUACUGCAUUUGGUUUUACUAUGAUUGUCUUAGCUUAUGUUGUUGGAGAAAAAGAAAUGCCGAAUCCAGAUGUAAAAAUGGACUGGAACAGAUAUUUCAAGAAAGUUUCCAAUCUGAGGUUGUGCCCUGUGAGAAAUUUUACCUCAGGUGGUACUAAAAUUUCUGAAACCUUCCUAAGUUCCAUGUCUGCAUUAAAUUCUUCCUCUUCCCAUGUUGUUGAUGAAAGUAAAAGUAUGAGUGCUGUUUUGUCUGGAGUUGUUGAUCUUGCAAUGGAGGGCGAUUGGCAAGAAUCCAUGUUUGUUAAUACAUCAGUUAGUGCAAAGUUUAGAAUUCGAGGCGAAUUACCAACUGAUUUCUCUCUUCAUUUAAAAGGCCAGAUAAAAGGAUACCUUCUAGGUUUUUCAGGUAAAUUUGGUCGACUGUUGUAUAAUGUUUCAUUGAAUAUUCAUCCUUUACAAAAGAAUAAUUGCACUGGUAAGAAUUGUUGGUUCGAUUAUGAAAUAUGCAUCACCAUGAGUUGGCCAAGUGAACUUUUGCCUAAAACAAAAGGUCCUGAAAAGUGCACCAUCAGUCAACCUCAGAAUAGUCUACCUAUAUUUUUUGCUGAAUCUCCACUCCUAGAAGAAAAAGAUGAGUCUUCCAAAACUUGUAUUGAACUAAGCUAUAGUCCUGAUGUAAAGUUAACAGAAAUGUUGAGUCUGCAUGAACGUUCUAUUGUUAAUCUACAUUUAAUGCACACCAGUUACUUUAUGUUUGUGAUGGUCAUGACUUUAGUAUGCUAUUCUCUUAUACGAGGGAGAUUUAGACAUCCAAAGAAUUAUGUUUCACUUCAAAAGGUUUUAGAAGCUUGAAUCUAAAAAAAUGAAGCAUUCACCAACGUCUUUCAGUCAAAAAAUUUUCUUUAUACAUUGGGAAUCUCAGUCAUGAUCUUUAUAGUCAUGUAGUCUAAAUGCAAUCUAGAAACAUAAAAAUUCCAAUUUACUUUUAUAAGUUCGUUUGUUUCUAUUCUGUGUAUAAAUAUAAUAAAUUAUUUUAGUAUGA